AUUGAGUCAUUUUCCAAAGGAGCUCAGGAUUGGGAACAACUCCUUUGGACAGUUAAACUUAGAGCGAUUGCAUAUUCUGGACCUAGGUGGGGAGAAAUGGACCACAUUUUACAAGAUGUAGUGCUGUAAUGUGGCUGAUGGGACAGGUUCAGUCAUGGCUUCAGAACUUUCUAAGACAAUCUCUGUGGCGAAGCUGGAAAGGCACAAGAAUCUGUUCUUAAAUUACAGGAAUCUACACCAUUUUCCUUUGGAAUUACUGAAAGAUGAGGGCCUGCAGUACUUGGAGAGACUGUAUAUGAAAAGAAACUCCUUAACAACCUUGCCAGAAAACCUUGCUCAGAAGCUUCCAAAUCUUGUGGAAUUGUACCUUCAUUCAAACAACAUAGUUGUUGUACCUGAAGCCAUUGGUUCUCUUGUAAAACUGCAAUGCCUGGACCUGAGUGACAAUGCUUUAGAAAUUGUUUGCCCAGAGAUUGGUCGUCUAAGGUCCUUACGUCAUCUUCGACUAGCUAAUAACCAACUGAAAUUCCUACCUCCGGAGGUUGGCGAUUUAAAGGAGCUCCAGACCCUGGAUAUCUCUACAAAUCGUUUGCUAACCUUACCAGAGAGGCUCCAUCUGUGCCUUUCCCUGCAGUAUCUAACUGCAGACCGAAAUCACCUGUGGUGCGUCCCUCGCCAUCUCUGCCAACUUCCUAGCCUCAAUGAACUCUCCAUGGCUGGAAACCGUCUUGCAUUUCUGCCGCUUGAUUUGGGUCGAUCUCGAGAAUUGCAGUAUGUUUAUGUGGAUAACAACAUUCACCUGAAAGGCCUGCCUUCUUACUUAUAUAAUAAAGUCAUUGGUUGCAGUGGCUGUGGCUCUCCCAUUCAAGUUUCAGAAGCGAAGCUGCUUUCCUUCUCGUCAGGGCAGUUAACUGUUUUCCUCCCUGCGGAGAUUAAGUCUAUAGGGACAGAGACAGAUCAUGUCCUUCCUCUUCAGGAGUUAGCCAUGAGAAGUCUGCACAACACCUACUAUGGGUUUCUCAAAGAUUUGAACUUCUUGUCUCCAAUCUCAUUACCCAAAAGUCUCUUGGAGCUGCUGUAUUGCCCUCUGGGACACUGUCACCGAUGUAGCCAACCCAUGUUUACUAUUGUCUACCCUAAGCUCUUUCCCUUGAGAGAGACUCCAAUGGCGGGGCUGCACCAGGGGAGGACAACUGUUAGUUUUGUGGCAUACUGCUGCUCCACCCAGUGUCUGCAGACUUUUGACCUACUGAGUUGAUAAACACUCAAAACUACUCAGGAGUGCUGCCAGUUUAUAUUUGAAUUAGACUGCAUAUCCCAUUGGAUACUGGAAUACUGUUUGUGUGCCAAAGCAGCAGAAGUGCCCAGUCAGGAACACUAACAGGCACUUAAAUCCUGCCCUAUCAAAUUUGGAUGACUGCAGGAGUCUUUUGGAAAUGUAAUGAUCAAGCUUUAGAGCAAGAAUGCCUUCCCUCCUCCUCCAAGUUGGAAUAUAAUCCAAAAAAUUUCAAGGAGCCUCAGUCUCUCCAGUGUUUUUCUUUUUAUGUGAAUGUGUUUUCAUAUGUGAGAUGUUGAAUUUGAUGUUUCCAUUUGUCUAAUUUAAAUCCAGUUUCAAGGUUUAACACACAAUACCUCCAGUAACAGUCCAUUAUGGGUCUCGAGGAUUUCUAUGGCUUCUUCUUUUCCCUUUCAUUUUUUUUCUUUUUGGGUUCAAUGCCAUGAUUCUCAACUGAAAUAUGUUUGAUCAGCCUUCCUUCUCCUGCUCUGUCUCCCAGUAUUAAUGGUGAGUAGAAAACCUACUAUUACAUUUGAGCUUCCUUUUAGAACCUCACUAUGGAGCUGACUCAGCUUUCUUUUGAAAAUCAAGGUUUUACUAUUAAAACGCAGGGUUUUCUAACCAGUCUUUUUACCUUGCACUCCUUCGUGCUGAUAGUUACUUUUUUAAUUUUUUUAAGUAAAUAUGAUUAUUUCAAUAUAAAACAUUCUCAAGUGCUUAGUACAGUGCCUUGCACACAGUAAGCACUCAAUAGAUAUCAUCGAUUGAUUUAUCAAUUGUAAUUAUUUGCUAUCUCAUAAUGAGAGCCCAAGCAGGAAGAGUUUGAAGUGCGUGGCUAAAAUGCUGAUCUUUGUUUUUUAGACUUCCACUUUUUUGAAUUAACCAAAAAGAGGGGAGAAUAGAGAACUCAAAUAUCUGUCAUCUUGUCAUGUCCAUGAUUAUUAUUAUUGCACACAUUUUUAUUACCUUUGUAAUAUUUUCUGUAUGUGGGAAAAACAAGCUCUAAGCCUAUUUACAUUUGUUUAAAACUUAAGAAAAAUAUAAGGCACCCUGUAUUUUUCUAAAUUUAUUCUGUUUAAGAUUACCUUAGUUCCUAAACAAUUGAGAGUUUACAGAAAUCACAAUGAAAGUACCUGCCAAAAUAGUCCUGGUUUCAGUGAUUUGAUUUUUACAGAAAGGCCAUUAACUGGUAAUGUUUGAGCAUUCAAAUUGGCCAAGAGAGAACAUUCUUAAUGGAGGAUGUACCGGAUCUCUGUCCUUCCCUCGAAAGGAUGCCAUUUAAAUGUUCUCUGCUCCCAGUUACACAUCUGGUUACUAUGGAGUUUCUGUGUACCUCUAGAGGGUUCCAAAACACUGGUAUUUCAGGCAGCACUAGAAGGGCAGUUUCAGAGAACCUACGAGAUGAGUUAUUCUCAAUGAGAGGAUCAUUGUCAAAAUAACUCAGGGUCCUAGAGCAUAGUCGAUAUGUGAAAUUGUAUCAGCUGUCUUAAAUCUGAAAUGUAGAGAGGCUUUAAUGGUGCUGAAAUCCUACACAGUUACUGCCAAAUGUGUGAUCUUUUCAAGACAACACCAUCUGCUCACCAGAAAAGAAAUGUAUUAUCCAUUUUAGAUUGAGAAGGCAGAAAUAAAUCUAACCUGGACUCCAAAUGUAUUUGCACUAUUAGAUUUCGUAAUUCUUCUUUUCCUUGCAAUCCCCUUUCAAUUUCCUGGGCAGAGAGGAUAAUGAAGAUUUUGAAUGUCAGUAUCGAAACUACAGCGUGAGUCCUGAAUACUUCUUUCAACCUCUGGAACAAUUGAGGUUUUUGGGUGUGAACUGUAGAUGUGUUAGUGGUUGAAAAAAUGGUACGAUGCUUCACAGAACUGAUUCAGGCCUUAGUGGCUGUUAUCAGUGUGUCUGUCUAUGUGACUGUAGAUAUAGUGCAACUUUCUUUUUUUUCUUUCUUUUUGCCACCAUAUGUGUCGGGUAUUAUGUGUUUUUGAAAUGAAGCUGGGGUCCAUGAAAUAUGCUAAGCUGAUAUUCAAGAAUUCCUGCAGCUAAGUUAAAGGUUCAGCAUACAACACUUUUGUUUAAAUGUGUUUUAAUAUUCAGGGCAUUUUAUGGCCUAAGCAAUUUUUCUGCACCUAAUAUAAAGUACCAGUGCUCUGAAAAACUGCAUGAGGCCUAACAGUACAUCCUUUGUGGAAUUUCAACUCGUAAUCACCGUUGCAGUGCCAAAAUUUAAUGGAUGACAAAUGGAAAUAAUAAUUUGGUUUCCCUGGUACUGCUGAUUAUGGAAAUUUUAUCCUGGGUUCCCUGAUGUUUAUUCGUCACCUCUCGAUAUCAGAAGCAAUGUUGUAGAUUGGAGAAUGGUAGCAUAAGUUUACGUACCUCCAUAAUUAGUACAUAUGAACAAUUCUCAAUAUGAAGAAAAGUAAAAUGACAAGUUUAUUUGAAUUUUGUUUACUUAGGUGAAAAUUUAACCUCUGUUACACUAGUAAUGGAAUGCAUUAUGCUAACAGUAGAGUAUUUUACUUGUACUUAUUGAAGUUUGUUCAUAUAGAAGGUACAGGACAAGCCACCCAAAUAGAGAACUAUUACUCUACAAUGGGCCCUUAAUAGGUGUCUAAGUGUAAGGUCUUUCACAGAUAGCACUUUGAAUAAUGAAAUGUUACAAUUUUUGAUGUUAAAAAAUGUACUUUUCAGCAGUCUGAAGUUUAUUGAGGUAUAAUACAAAAACAAUUCCCAGGUCAUGAAAAACUAACUUAAAUUCCCAUAUCUGACCUCUAGAUAACAUCAAUUGAUCUUUCAGCCUGCCCAUUGUGAAAAAUCUCCAGGUGAAGACUCUUCAGCCUCACUUGAUAUCUUGUUCUAGAUCUUCCUUGUGUCCUGUGAGGAAGUAGUAUAUCCCUGGUCAGCAUUUUCUUUAUAGAAACCCUUACAAACUUGGAGACCGUUAUGUCAUCUCUCACACUUAUCUUCCCUGGAUUAAACAACAUUUCACUAUUAA